AUGUCUGGCAAGGGAUCGAAUACUGGAUCUGGCAGGAACGACUCCGAUGAUAUGUUCACCAAUGAAGGUGGACCCGGCGCAACAUGCGCAGCAACGGGAUCUUCUGCCAACAUCCCCACUGUAGCUGCAAGCACAGCAGCGGUCGCGACGAGCGAAACGGUGGGCAUGAUGGACCCGGGAGUCGGCGCAUGGCGCACUGCAUCGGUCAUCAAUAAUCCAACGGAUCCGGUAAAACCAGCAAACCCUCUUCGUACCAAUCAGAAACUGGAGGAGCAGAAGAAGUUAGAGCAAAGGUUUUUGGAGGAGAAAUACCGAAUCUUAGAGGAGCAAGAAGAUGACAGCGAGACGGGAUUGGAUGAUGAGGAUCUUGAGAAGAUGUCCAUAGUUUCGCGCUGGAUGAGAGAUACGGGGCGUGAAGAGGUUGUCCAAGAUUCCGGCGUGGUAGAGGAAGAGCAACCAGCCGAAUAUAGAGCUUUAUCUAGACCUAUAGAACAGCCAAUACGACAUGCAAGCCAGCAACAUCAUUCGUUAGGUGGACGACGAAACACAUUUCCAAAUUUCGCUCCCGAACAACGCUCUACACCGCAAAUGCGGCCCAUGAUGCCUCCGAUGAAUCUAGGAUCUAGGCCAUAUUCUGGAAUGCGGCAAGCGUUGAAUGGUUCAGCAACGGAACAUGUACCAAUUCCAGCAGAAGAGACUAUUUGUGUCCUCAACAGGAGUCAACUGGCCGCUAGGCAAGCGGUUUCUAAGGAGCUACCGGAGUUCUCCGGAAAUCCUGAGGAUUGGCCUCUGUUCUUCUCCAUGUACUCUUCGUCAACACAGAUGUGUGGCUUCUCCAAUGAGGAAAAUAUGCUGCGCCUACGUAAAUGUCUGAAGGGAAAGGCACUUGAAGCUGUGAAGUGCCGUUUGCUCCAUCCCUCCAAUGUCUUUGGGGUUCUUUCAACACUGAAGAUGCUCUACGGCAGACCAGAAGCAAUCGUCCAAGCGGCUAUAAGAAAAAUACGUUCACUCCCAUCACCAGAAGUGGAUCGACUAGAGAGUCUGGUAAACUUUGCGCUUACUGUCGAAAAUAUAGUGGCUACAAUAGAAGUGUGCGGAGUGAGAGACUUCGUGUAUAAUGCUUCGCUGAAGUUAGAACUCGUGGAAAGAUUACCACCAACGUUGAGGCUGGACUGGGCAAGGUACAUCCGAGGAAACCCAGCUCCUAAUCUUCUAGAUCUGAGUACAUGGCUGUACGCUAUGGCGGAGGACGCUAGUGCGGUCAUGCAGACGUCCUCAGUUGCUCAUCGAAACCGUAAUUCUAAGAAAGACGCAUUCGUCAACGUCCACUCGGAUUCAAGUACUAUUAGAUGCAAAACAUCUAUGGUCCCAGAGAAAGAAACGCUAGCCCAGGCACUAGAACCGUCAAGAGCGUGUUUUGUGUGCAAAGGUUCUUGUUCGUCGAUUGCAAAGUGUAAACUAUUUGGCGAACUGAGUUACGAGUCUAAGUGGUCAGUAAUACGCGAAGCUAAGGUGUGUCGCAAGUGCCUUCGUAAACACAACGGCACAUGUAGACAACAAAACAAAUGCGGAAUCAACGGAUGUACCUACCUCCAUCAUUCCUUGCUGCAUAACGAGAAUAAUGAAGGUUCUAAACUUGGUUCAGGAGCAGAGGCAGCUAGGGAUUCCAAUUGCUACGUUCAUCAAACCCAGACAAACGAUGUCCUUUUCCGCAUUGUUCCUGUCGUGCUUUAUGGCCCAGCGAAGAUGGUUCAGACUUACGCUUUCAUAGAUGAUGGUUCGGAGCUCACGCUUAUGGAACAUUCUCUAGCGCAGGAGCUUGGAUUGCAAGGAUCUCAAGCCGCUCUCUGUUUGAGAUGGACAGGUGACGCCAAAAGGAUAGAGAACAAUUCUCAAAAAGUUGAGGUGGACAUUUCAUCAGCGCGGAAAUCGUCCCAAAAAUAUAAGCUAGCGGAUGUUCGAACCAUACAGCAACUCAAACUCAGACCACAAACUUUGGUAGCUGCCGAAAUGCAGAAGCGCUAUAGUCAUCUCUCUGGAAUACCCUUCGAUACUUACGUUGAUGCAAAUCCACGUAUCUUCAUCGGUCUAGACAACGCACAGCUUGGACACCCAUUUAAGAGUCGGGAAGGCAAGCCAUUCCAACCGAUCGCCGUUAAAACACGACUAGGGUGGAUUGUAUAUGGGAGCUGCUCAUCCAUUCACCACGUAGCGACCCACGUUAACUACCAUGCUGUGCAAGUGUGUGAUUGCAAUAUUUCCAAUGAAAGCCUUCAUGUGGCGAUGAAAAACUAUUUCAAUCUUGACAGCAUGGGUAUCACCAAGCCUGAAAAGGUACUACUCUCCGCGGAUGACCAGCGUGCAGUUAAUAUCCUAGAAGCAGUAACGAAACGUACGAAUGGUCGCUAUGAAUCUGGCCUUCUCUGGAAGUAUGAUGCUGUACGUCUUCCCGACAGUAAGGCGAUGGCGCUCAGGAGAUGGGAAUGUCUGGAGCGCCGGAUGAAGAAAGACGAAGUACUGGCAAAAGCACUACAAACACAGAUGGACGACUAUAUUCAGAAAGGAUACGACCGUAAAUUGACCAACGAGGAGCUGAAGAUCCAGCAACCACGUGUUUGGAAUUUACCGGUGGUUCCAGGAUAUAAUCCCAAUAAGCCAGGAAAACUACGGCUGGUUUGGGACGCAGCAGCUACAACACAAGGAAUCUCUUUGAACUCGGUCUUAUUGAAAGGACCCGACCAGCUCACGUCCCUGUUGACUGUCUUGAUUCAAUUUCGGGAGUUUAGAGUUGCGGUAUGCGGAGACAUUCGGGACAUGUUUCACCAAGUGCUGAUGAGAGCGGAGGAUCAACAUUCCCUGCGAUUCUAUUGGAAGGCAGAUGCUCAGGAUAGCUCUCCGAGCGUGUAUGUUAUGGUAGUGAUGGCAUUCGGAGCCUGUUGUUCACCUACAACAGCCCAAUAUGUGAAGAACAUAAACGCAAAACGAUUUGAAAACGAGUGCCCACAAGCCUUUGAUGCCAUUGUGAAAAAGCAUUACGUAGACGACAUGCUUGCUAGCGUCGAAACAGACGAAGAAGCCCUUAAGCUUGCACAAGAUGUUAAACGCAUCCACGCUGCAGGGGGAUUUGAAAUGCGCAACUGGCUGUCCAAUUCGCCAAUAGUCUUGAAAUCCCUGCAGGAAGAAGCGGCUACAGAGAAAUGCCUAGGAGCUGGAGAAGAGAAUACUACCGAAAAGGUGUUAGGGCUUUGGUGGAACACGACUACCGACUGCUUCACGUUCAAAGUGUCUCCACGGUAUGAUCAGAACCUGCUAUCUGGUCGUUGUAAACCUACCAAACGCGAGGUACUGCGUACGCUUAUGAUGAUGUUCGAUCCGCUAGGCUUUAUCUCGCACUUUCUGAUGUACCUGAAAGUAUUAAUGCAGGAGAUCUGGAGGUCAUCAAUUGACUGGGAUACUCCCAUCGAGGAACCACAGUUCCAAAAGUGGCUAGUUUGGUUAAAGGUUCUACCGAAGGUUACCGACGUGCAGAUUCCACGGUGCUAUAGAGUAUUCGCCACAUUGCAAAGUAGUUGCAACAUGCACACAUUCGUAGACGCGAGUGAAAACGGAUUCGCAGCCGUUGUGUAUCUUCGCUUCGAGGAGGGAGACCUUAUAGAGAUUGCAUUUAUUACUGCAAAAACCAGAGUCGCUCCGCUAAAAUUCCUUUCCAUCCCUCGCUCAGAACUCCAAGCGAGCGUUCUGGGUGUUAGACUAGCAAACAGCGUCGCUCAAUCACUAUCUAAUAGAGUUCGGGAGCGCUACUUCUGGACUGACUCAAGAGACGUCCUCUGCUGGUUGAACUCUGACCAUCGACGGUACAGUCAAUUUGUGGCAUUCCGGGUAAGCGAGAUUUUGGAGACCACCGAUAUAAAGGAGUGGCGAUGGGUUCCAACAAAACUGAACGUGGCCGACGAAGGAACCAAAUGGACGCGUCAACCUGAUCUCAGUGCCUCCAGCCGCUGGUUUCAAGGGCCAGAAUUCCUUCGCAAAUCUAAAGCAGAGUGGCCUGUUAUCCACCGGUACGGAGCGACAGACACCGAGUUAAGAGCGCAUCUGUUAGUUCAUGCCCCCGCAAAUGAAUCCAUCAUUAAUCCACAGAACUUCUCGAGGUGGAUUACGAUACUGCGUUCAACGGCGUACAUAUUCCGGUUUAUCUGUAAUUCAAAGCAAAUGAUAACAACGAAGCAACGAACCGGUGGAUCGCUGACGCAGCUGGAAUUGACAAGGGCUGAAAAUUUCCUGUAUCGACACGCUCAAAGUAACGAAUACGCCGAGGAGAUAGCUAUCCUUUUCGGUAAUCGUCUGUGUAGAGAAGAUAAGAAGCCUAUUCCCAAAAACAGCUCUAUUGCCUAUUACUGUCCAUUUCUUGGUGAAUCUGACGUGCUGAGAGUCCGUGGCCGAACCGGUGAAUGCUGGUUGAUUAAUUACGACGCAGUAAAUCCAGUAAUUCUUCCUCGUAACCAUCAUGUCACACGACUAAUAGUGCUGCACUACCAUGAUAAAUAUCAUCACCAAAACCACAACACCGUUCUCAACGAAAUUCGCCAACGUUACAGGAUUCCACGUCUCAAAUCAGUAUACAAUACAGUCCGCAGGCAGUGUCAAAAAUGUAUGAACGCGAGGGCAGCUCCACAACCACCAGCUAUGAGCGAUCUGCCGCCAUCUCGGCUUGCUGCCUAUUCUCGCCCGUUCACGCAUAUGGGGGUGGAUUACUUCGGUCCGAUUUUGGUAACUGCUAAUCGAAAAACCGAGAAACGCUGGGUCCUAAUAGCAACCUGUCUGACCAUCCGCGCCAUCCACUUGCAAAUUGCACACACUCAGUACCGAUUCCUGCAUCAUGGCCCUUCGAAACGUCAUUGCAAGAAGAGGCACACCGGCGGUUAUCUACAGUGA